AUGGAGUUAACAUUUGAGCAGAGGAAGAGGAGUGCUUCAAACACAGUUGGUGGCAUUGUGUCUUCACUUUUACCCAAUGAAAGGAUAGUUCUUUUGUGCAACAUACCAUCUCUUCACGGCGUAGUUAUAAAGAUAUCAUUAUUUUAUGGAUGUGUUCAAGUAUCCGAAAUUAAAGAUACGAUACUUGAUUUGCAUGGAAUAGAUGAGGAGGCAUUGUUACAGCCGAAACUGGUGAUUGUUUGCUUGAGUGGAGAUGACCGAUAUCCAUCCAAGACUGCAGUUAGAGCGUCUUCAGCUGCUAUCCUGGCUAGGAUUCUGGUGAUGAGAUCCCUUAAGAGGCGGUAA